AUGAGUACCACGGCAGUCACUCUCUUCACAGGACCAGGGACAUUGCAUUGUGCUCCUUCACUUCGCAAUGGAAACGGAAACAUCAUCUUCCACUACGUCCUAGACGGCUCAAUCCGCACCCUCUCCAACACCAACUCUCCAUCCCAAGAAUCUUUCAAGGGCCUCUUAUACGUGCCCACGCUCAACGAUCCGCCGGCCGCUGUUUGCAAUAACCUCACGGCGCCUUACAUCCCCACCAACGCAACCCGACGCAGUGAUCUGCCCGCAGACGCCCACGACCUACUCGGUCUCGCGCCGUGGGUCAACCCCGAGUGUACGAGGGCAUACCUCUCCGCGUCCCGGCAAGACAAUGUGUCGGCGCUGAUAUUCUAUCAACCCAAAAGACGGGAUUCGGCCAAACCAGAGCCCUCUGCUAGCCCCGUGUGGGAUUUGGGGGAUGCCGGGCAAUGGAAGAAAGAAAAUGAGUAUCCCGUAUAUGCGGUUCCGGGGACGGCAGGGACAACUUUAAUGCAUCAGCUUACGCAGUAUGGUGGUGGCGGGGAUGGGAGCGAUGCACAGACCACAACGGAGUGUACGAGGUUAUAUGCGCUUAUCGACCUGGAACCAGACCUGUCCUCAACCAUGCCGGGGAUGUGGGUCUUUAUCCUCGCCGUCUUGGGGGCGAUUGUGCUCAUGGUGAUAUUUGCGUUCCUCACCAUGCGACAUGUGCAGAAGAAAAGGAGAGAGUCGUUGCAGCGACGGCUUGUUUCGGGGGAGGUUGAUUUGGAGUUUUUGGGAAUUAAGAGGCUUGUUGUUCCGCCGCAUAUCUUGUCGGCGUUGCCGGUUUAUGUUUAUCCUGGUGCUGAGGAAGGCGAUGAGCACGGAGCCUCAAAGGAGAGAACAGAGAAUACAUGCGAGGAGACGAAUGGUGCAAAACCAAAAGACACGACGACCGUCACCGAGACAGAAAUCAACGACAAUGCCAGCGACAACAAAAACAACAACCAACACUCCAACCCUCAUCAUCCCCCUCCAGCCCUCACCAUUGUCACCUCACACCAAGACGAAAGUAUAUCCUCCAUCCUCGAAGAAAUUCUCCCCCCAGUGCCAACCCGGGCCCUCGGAAAACGACGCCGUACAGUCUCCAGCCAAACUCUAACCCUGACCUUCUCCCAGCACACCUGCGCCAUCUGCCUGGACGAUUUUGUGCCGGCGGAAUCCCUGGUCCGUGAAUUACCGUGCAUGCACAUCUUCCAUCCGGAAUGUAUAGAUACGUUCCUCGCGAGGGAUGCAAGUACAUGCCCCGUUUGUAAACAGAAUGUGUUGCCGGAGACGUUUGUAGAGGAGCAGAUUGGUGCGUUGUUGGCGAGGAGGGAGGAACGAGUCAGACGGUUAAGGCGGAGGCGGAGACCUCGCCUUCAUAAUCGCUAUGAUCAUGAGGAGGGGGGCCCUGAUUCGCCGGCUUCGUCCUCCUCCUCGGGGGUUGGUGUUCUGGAUAGGUUUCGCGCGUGGUUGGCCAGGGACUACGACGACGACCAAAGCCCAGUCCAUAGACAAGAUGAUGAGCCUUUUGGAUCCUUGGAGUCAGGUCCAGGGGUCCAGAGACCGGCGCCGGCUGGAUUUGCGGAUACAAGCAGAGAAUCAGAAGAGAGUUAUGAUCCUGGGAGAAGGGAGAUGAUACAAAGGAGGGUAAUGGUGUUGUUGGGUACACCUGUUGGUCAUAGAAGUGCUUCAUCGUUGUCGUCACCAGCACCAUCUAGCGAACAAUAG